AUGGCGGAUCCCAACCAAGAACUCCAAGGCAUCAUCGGGCGCCUCGAGCGCCGCGACACCCUCAACUGGCCUGGGCCAACACCACGCCUCCGCGCCGCCGCCGCCACCUCAGAGCUUGGCAAGCUCACCCUGGACUCGCCAUCCGCGGCUGCAAUGCUCGGGCCUGGCCAGCCCAACAACAACAACACCGCCGGAGGCCUGGGGAGUGAUGACCCCCAGGUCUCAGAAGAGACUACAGACGACUGGUUGGUGCGGCUGCAGAGGGAAUGGGUGGAGGAGGGAGGAGUGGCGAAGGAGGGGGGAGAGGUGGAGAUGGGAGAGACGGACGGAAGUGGAGGAGAGGAGAGGGCGGUGGUGGUGGCGAAGAAGGUUCUGAGGGGAGAGGGGGUCAAGAGAGGCCGGGGCGGGCCUGGAGUUAAUUACUCCAACCCGGCGUCUGGGUACUCGCGGUGGAGAUGA